UGGAUUCUAUAUUAUUUUUUUGAUUAUUACAUUAUACAUUACAUACUACGAGUAAUAUAAUUCUUUCUUUCCACUAUUCCACCGGAAGACCAAAUUUCCGGCCAUUUUUUUUACACACACUAAUGUGUGUUAGUAAACACAAUUUCUACAAUUAAGAUAUAGGAAAAAUUUAUAAUAAAUAAUCAAGUUUUGAUUUUUAUUCUAUUUUCAAGAAACUGAAUCUUGAAAAUGUCAUCUCCACCGCCGGUGACUUCUCCGGCGCCGACUACAACUCCGGCAACCCCACCACCGGCUGCCGCCACUUCACCACCACCCGCCGCCGCAACCCCACCUCCGACAACCCCUGUUACUCCUCCUCCGGUAGCAGCUUCUCCACCUUCCCCUAUCCCCCCUACAUCUUCUCCGCCAGCGCCACCCACAUCCACCUCCCCACCACCGUCAGUAUCUCCACCGGCGCCGCCAACAUCCACAUCCCCACCGCCGUCCACCACAACCCCAUCACCACCUGCGCCACCCACUUCAAGAAACAGUCCACCUUCUCCUCCUUCAAGAUCCAAUCCUUCUCCUCCGCCGCCGUCAAGAGGUGGCGGCUCUACUAAUUCUCCGGCGAACCCUUCGCCUGAUAAUAAUUCUUCAUCUGGGAUAUCAACUGGGGUUGUUGUGGGGAUUGCUGUUGGUGGUGUUUUGAUAUUAGUUGUGUUUAGCAUCUUGUUUCUUUGUUGUAAAAAGAAGCGAAGAAGAAGCCAAGCCCCUGCUGGUUACUAUGUUCCACCACCACCACCACCUAAAGUUGAUUCAUAUGGCGGUGCACCACAACAAUGGCAACAAAAUGCACCACCAUCCACAGAUCAUCUUGUUACAAUGCCACCAUCAAAGCCUAAUCCACCGUCGGUAAUGGCAAACAGACCACCACAUUCCCCUGCUCAUGCUCCAUCUCAGCCACCACCUCCACCUCCUGCAUAUAUGAGCAACAGUGGUGGUUCGGGUUCGAAUUAUUCUGGCGGUUCAAACCCACUUCCGCCACCGUCACCUGGUAUGUCACUAGGAUUUUCGAAGAGCACGUUUACUUAUGAAGAAUUAGCAAUGGCUACAGAUGGAUUUUCAGAAGCUAAUCUUCUUGGACAAGGUGGUUUUGGGUAUGUGCAUAGAGGGGUGCUUCCUAAUGGGAAAGAAGUGGCGGUGAAGCAGCUGAAGCUGGGUAGUGGACAGGGAGAGCGUGAGUUUCAGGCAGAAGUUGAGAUAAUUAGUCGAGUUCAUCAUAAACAUCUUGUAUCUUUGGUUGGAUAUUGCAUGACCGGAGCUCAAAGAUUGCUCGUUUAUGAGUUUGUUCCGAAUAACACUAUGGAGUUCCACUUACAUGGAAAGAAUCGCCCGGUGAUGGAAUUUCCCAUAAGAUUGCGGAUUGCACUUGGAGCAGCAAAAGGACUAGCUUAUCUUCACGAGGAUUGCCAUCCUAAGAUCAUUCAUCGCGAUAUUAAAGCUGCCAAUAUUCUUCUUGAUUUCAAUUUUGAAGCAAAGGUUGCAGAUUUUGGGCUUGCCAAAAUUACUUCUGAUGUUGCAACUCAUGUUUCAACACGAGUGAUGGGAACUUUUGGGUACCUAGCUCCAGAGUAUGCUGCUUCAGGAAAACUCACGGACAAAUCUGAUGUUUUCUCAUUUGGGGUCAUGCUAUUGGAGUUGAUUACGGGACGCAGACCUGUUGAUUCCGCUCAGACUUUCAUGGAUGAUAGUUUAGUAGAUUGGGCAAGGCCUUUGCUCACCCGAGCCAUGGAUGAUGGAAAUUUUGAUUCCAUAGCCGAUUCACGUCUACAAAGAGAAUACAACCACAAUGAAAUGGCCCGUAUGGUUUCUUGUGCCGCCGCCUGUGUCCGCCACUCAGCCCGCCGCCGUCCCAGGAUGAGCCAGGUGGUUCGAGCAUUGGAAGGAGACGUCUCACUCUCUGACCUAAAUGAAGGAAUCCGACCCGGACACAGCUCUGCCUUCGGGUCACAUGGGAGCUCAGACUAUGACACGGCACAAUACAACGAGGACAUGGUGAAGUUCAGGAAAAUGGCUUUAGGCACACAAGAGUAUAACGCUAGCAGUGAAUAUAGCCGACCAACAAGUGAAUACGGGUUGUAUCCAUCUGGAUCCAGUAGCGAAGGGCAAAAUACACGAGAAAUGGAAAUGGGCAAGUAUAAAAGAGAUGGUCCUGGUUAUAGUGAUGGAUUUUGAUGAUCCAACAGACCACGUGUAUAAAAAUGAUUCUUGCUAAUUCAUGAUCAUAUUAUUUUGUAUGUUACAGCGAACAUAUUGAGAAUUGAGGACAUGCUUUGAUUUUGAUUUUUAA